GUAUUUACCAUUUUACCCCUCCAUGCCUAACAGUCCACUUAAAUUCCACACUACAAAAACUAGCCCACGACCAUCCAACAGAACAACACUCUCUUCGUUCAAAACCAGAGAAGAGUGAGAAAAAAGAGGGAAGGAAGAGAGAGAAAAACAUGAAACGCGCGCACUACACACACUUCUUACUACUGCUCCUAGGGUUACCGUUUCUCGCGGUGAGUUACCACGACUACUCCGACGCGUUGACCAAGUCAAUUCUGUUCUUCGAGGGGCAGCGCUCCGGCUACCUUCCGGCGGACCAGAGGAUGACGUGGCGCGGGAACUCCGGCCUCGGCGACGGUUGGACUGCUGGUACCGACCUGACCGGCGGCUACUACGACGCCGGAGACAACGUCAAGUUUCAUUUUCCGAUGGCGUUCACCACCACAAUGCUGGCGUGGAGCGUCGUGGAGUUCGGCGACUGCAUGCCGCCGCCGGAGCGGAGGAAUUCUCUGGUGGCGAUCCGGUGGGCGACCGAUUACUUGCUGAAGACCGUUUCUCAACCCAACCGCAUUUUCGUCCAGGUGGGGGAUCCGAUUGCAGACCACAACUGUUGGGAAAGGCCGGAAGAUAUGGACACUUCUAGAACAGUCUACACAGUCGAGGCACCGAAUCCGGCGUCGGAUGUCGCCGGAGAAACGGCGGCGGCUCUUGCCGCCGCGUCCAUUGCAUUCCGAUCAUCUGAUCCUGGAUAUGCUGAGACUCUGUUGAGAACUGCCACCAGAGUUUUCGAGUAUGCGGAUACUUACCGAGGUGCUUAUAGUGAUAACUCGAAUAUUAGAGAUGGUGUCUGCCCUUUUUACUGUGAUUUUGAUGGAUAUCAGGAUGAAUUGCUGUGGGGAGCAGCUUGGCUAAGGAGGGCUUCACAGGAUGAUUCUUAUCUCAAUUACUUGCAAAACAAUGGUAAAACACUUGGUGCAGAUGACAACAUUAACGAAUUCGGAUGGGAUAAUAAGCAUGCCGGUUUGAACGUGCUCGUUUCCAAGGAGGUAAUGGAGAAUAGCAAGUACUCUCUUCAAUCAUACAGAGCAUCAGCAGAUAGUUUCAUGUGCACAUUAAUACCAGAGUCCACUUCAUACCACAUAGAGUUCACUCAUGGUGGACUCAUUUACAGGCCAGGUGGAAGCAAUUUACAGCAUGCCACCACUAUCUCGUUUCUACUACUCGUUUACGCAAAUUAUUUAGAAAAAUCGUCCCAAAUUGUUAACUGCGGUGAAGUUAGCAUCAGCCCUACAAUGCUGAGGCAGAUAGCUCAAAAGCAAGUGAACUAUAUUCUCGGGGAAAAUCCAAAGGGAAUGUCGUAUAUGGUUGGAUACAGCAGUUUAUACCCUCUAAGAAUCCACCACCGCGGAUCUUCUAUUCCUUCAAUUAAAGAUCACCCGAAGGUGGUUUCUUGCAAUGAGGGUACGGUUUAUUUUAACUCGUCGAACCCUAAUCCUAAUUUGUUGAUUGGGGCAGUAGUUGGUGGCCCCGGUGAAGAUGACGCUUAUGAUGAUGAUAGAGGCGAUUUUCGAAAGUCGGAGCCUACAACUUAUAUUAAUGCUCCGUUUGUUGGUGUUCUUGCGUAUUUUGUGGCUAAUUCCAACUAACCAUCCAUGGUUAGGUUUUAACCAUUCAUUCACCAUUUACCAAGUGUAUUUGAAUUGGGAUUUAGUGAAAAUAUAUGAGAGUCUCUCAUCUUGCACAAAGCAAGGAGGAAGAGGCUUUGUAGGAUUGUAUGGCUACAAUUGCUCAAAGUUUGAUAUGAGAAGUUGUGGAUUUUAAUUUUGCAUUAUUAUAAUUAAAGAGAUUGUAAGCUUUGGUAUUAUUGAUUGGGCGAGUUAUAUGUUACACCUGGUUAUUUACACCGGGUGAAUCUGAACCAUA